CAACACCCCUUGCCCGGGGGCAAGUGGUGAAGCAACGCGCUUCCGGAGUCAGGAAGAGUGCAGGUCAUUGUUUGCAUGCCAGCCCCCGCUCGCCUGAGACACGCGGACUCCGUCCCAGGAGUUGACGACAUUCCUCUCAGGGUCCUGUGCCCUGCCCCCGGCGUCUCAAGCCCCUAGAGGCGACUGCACCCAGCCCCCUGGCAACCUGGACACCCUGCUCCAUGAAACCCCGCCCCGAGAAAAGCCGCUCCGCCCCCUAACCCGUCACUCACGCGGACCGCCCAAUGGUGGCGGUGGGGCGAGCCGGUACGGGGCGGGGCCGGUGUGCCGUACGCCGUGCGCCGGAGCUCGUGGCGUCAAUGCGCCAGCCGUGUCCAUGGAGAGAGGUUGAGGUCGCCGAGCUCCGGCCCAAGGCACCGGGGCGCCGGGGUGGCGAAGAUGUCGGCUUCCUUAGUCCGUGCCACUGUCCGGGCUGUGAGCAAGCGGAAGCUGCAGCCUACCCGGGCCGCCCUCACCCUGAAGGAGCGAUCAACAAACCCCGGGCGGGGUUGCUGAGGGGACCCCGCCGCCCCGGAACUACGUUUCCCGACAGGCCGUGCGAUGGCCGCGUGCAGGGAAGGGGAGAACAGGGAAGCCGAACGACACCUUCAGCAGUGAACAAGAUAAAACAACUUCUUAAAGAUAAGCCUGAACACGUAGGUGUGAAAGUCGGUGUCCGAACCAGAGGGUGUAAUGGCCUUUCUUACACUCUAGAAUAUACAAAAAAAAAAGGAGAUUCUGAUGAAGAAGUUGUUCAAGAUGGUUCCAGAAGGCUUUAUAUGACACAUGUUUUGUUUUCCCCAAGGAGUGAGAGUAUUCAUUGAAAAGAAAGCACAGCUAACACUUCUAGGAACAGAAAUGGACUAUGUGGAAGACAAAUUAUCCAGUGAGUUUGUGUUUAAUAACCCAAACAUCAAAGGAACUUGUGGCUGUGGGGAAAGCUUUAAUAUCUGAAACUUCAGGACUCCUUUGGCUAUGAGCUCCAGCAACACUCAUGGAUGCGUUGGGGCUUACUGAAGAAAUCAUGUGAUUGUCACCUGCUUAAUGUGUGGCUCCCUUGUAAGGAAAAUAAAGUGAUGCAUUUUGAAAAUGAAACUAGUGUGUUAGAUUCAGGAAGAAGUAAUAUUUGGAUUCUGUGUAGGGGACAAAAGAUGAAAUGCCGUCACUCUCUUUGGAUCAUUCUUCUUUUGUGGUAAAGAAAGAAGUCCUCCCUGCACUUAACUCGCUCUUGUACCCUUUCUUUUAGAGUCAGUUUUAUUGGAUUUGCCUUCCUGGGCACCUGUCAGUCCGUUCAUGAAAUGGACUGAAUGGCUUGUAUGUGCAUCUCCCCUACAUUUUCCCCAAUUAAAUCGGUGUCUCCUAAAAUUCAGAAAUAGGAAGUCCUGUCUCCUCGUAGUAGCAUGGUGGUCCAUUAUUUUUUCACCCAAUUUUGGCAUAGCCUGCUUACAUUUUUAUCAAGAAUUUCAUUGUUGGAUGUAAAUUCGCAUGCCCUUUAACAGUACUGACAGGAUUUUCUUGAACUAUAGUGAUGGUAGCAAAUACUUGAACCACUUGUUUCUAAAUCCAUUGUAUUUGUCACCCUAAAUGUCCACGCAAAAUGAGAUCUCAGGCUGACUUUGAUUCUUUUAGUUGAAAAGUCUCUUUUAAAAGCCAUUUAACCCACCCCACUCAGUUCUGUAUGUGAGGAGGACAAUGGUCUUUUGUCUACCCUCGCGGGGUGAGUGGGAACUCCACCACUUUCCCCUUCCUUGUGCCGUCCUGUCUGAGGCAGUCUGUUAAGGUAAACAGUGAUCUGGCUUUUGUUCUGGUCAACAUACUGAUAGAAUUUCUUUUUAAUUUGAUGAAGAUCAUAUUAGUAUUAUUUCGAGUGAGAAGAAUUUAUUUUAAAACUCUUUUAUGUGAAUUACCAUCUUGUUUCUUUAAACUUUGAAACUGGUUUAUACUACCAGGGAAGACAUUGUAGCAACCCAGAAUUACUGGGAAUGUAGUCAUAAUUGUGAAGGAAAACAUGGGGAUCUUUUCUUAAAAUUCCCAAUAUGCGCACACUUUCUGGUUCCUCAGUCCAAUUGCUGAAGUUUUUUUUUUUUUUUUUUUUUUGUGGUUUUUGGCCAGGGCUGGGUUUGAACCCGCCACCCUCGGUAUAUGGGGCCGGCGCCCUGCUCACUGAGCCACAGGCGCCGCCCAUUUAAAUAAUAUUU